AUGAUAUAUUCAGUGAAAUUUAGACGUGAAGAAUUUUGUUAUUUAUACGAAAAUGAUGCUUGGGGGGAUGGGUCGACGAGCAAAGUUUUAGAUAAAUUAGUAAAUGACGACGGCAUUUUUCCCAGGGCCGAAGAUAAAGCAUUUUUAUUUCAAUAUGCUCUGGACGAAAGACAUUUAAAAAUAAUUACAGCUCUCGAGAAGGGUAAUUUUGAUAGACACGAGUUUAGAUUCGAAGAUGGAAAGUCUGCUGUGCAUUAUUUAGCUGAAAGAUCCAAAUCCGAAAGGGUGAUAAAGCGAGUCAAUAGAUCCCUCAUUAAAAAUUUCUUUCUGAACCAUUCACGGCAAGAUUUAUUUCGAAAUUAUCCACGAAAAAACUACUGCGACGCUCACGGUUACACGUAUUUUCACGCAGCCUGCAUGGUGGACGAUGUAAGAGUCGUGAGGAAAUUUUUGAGCCAAGGCGUGAACGUCAAUCUUGACACGUACACAUGUUCGCCUCUGUUCAUUGCGGCCCAGUACAAGAACGUAGAAAUCGCGGAAUUAUUACUGGAACACAGAGCCAAUCCGAAUCAGUCGGACCACGAAGGAUCGACGCCUCUUCACGCCCUCGCAUUGCCGUGUCUGUGUGAAUGCAUCGAAAGAUUUUACUACUGCGAUACGAGAAAACCAGUCGAUUACAUCGUUAAAAUGCUCAUCGACAGCGGAGCCGAUAUCGAAGCCCGAAAUCGUCACGGAGACACUCCGUUGCAGUCGGCGGUGAUGCGUUUCGAUGUCGCCCUCACCAAGUCGCUUUUGGAUCACGGCGCGUCACUGAGGAGUCUGAACGAGAAGCGAAUGUUCAUUCACAAUUUCUCGUCGCUCGAAUUGACGACUUACGCUUUGUCGUUGGACGUUAUCGAGGUGAUGCAAUUGUUGCAGUCGGCUGGAUACAAAAUGGAUUUCCACACGAAACUCAGAAUGGUCGAAUGCUGGACAAGGAUUCAUGGAAACGAUCUCGACCGGGUGCUGGUGAAAGAUUCCGGUAGGAAAUAUCAUUCAGCGGGUAAUAAGAAUCAAGUUGUCGAUAUCUUUGUACAAAUGGCUGAUCAACUAGCUAUUCACAAGCUCUAUGGUUUUUAUAUGAAACCAGAAGUUAAAGAUUACAUGAUAAAACGAUGCAAGCAGUUAAAACCAACAGUUCCAGAAUACUGGCGCAACUAUGUUAAUUUUAAUGGAGGUGAUAUUAUACGUGAACAUGGCGCAUAUCUUCUAAAUAAUGCUCUUGUACUUCCGAAAAUAAAUGACAUCAAGAUAACCGAAGACGUCUCUCUACAUAAACUUAGUACAACGAAUUACAGCGAGGGUUACUCGAUAUUGAAGAACAUUAAAAAUUGGCGUGUCCCACAAAUGGAUAAUUUAACGUGUGGAAGUACAUUCGCGAGAUUCACUGUAAGGAGACACCUCUCAAACAUUGCUAUAAGGCUGGCGUUCGAUUUGGAAUUGCUGGCAGCCGAUCUUUUCAUGACUGAUUAUUGCUCGUUGAAUCUUCCACACCACAUUUGCCUAAAAGUUGCAAAAAAUUUGGGUUACGAGGAACUAUUUCGUCUGUUCGAGAAAAUAAACGUUGAUGAAUUAGAAAAACUAGGCGAAAGUGUCGAGGGCACGAACCAGAAUGGAACCAUGGAACACAGAACCAGAUUCGUUCGACUUGCAUUAUAA